UCGAUCGUAAAGGCCCUAAGUACCUUUUAUUGUUAAAUGAAAGCAAAAUUAGGAAGGCUCAACAUAGAAGAACUUGAUGUAUUCCUAGUGAUCCAUAUUCUGGCUUAUUUGUUUAUUCGAAGUACAAACUGCUUUGUUGGGAAUUGCCUAUCCGUGGAUUGUAUGCCUUUUUACUGGCCAGGAUUACACGCUUUUGUUGUCUUGGGCACUUUUCGAUUACGGAUGACUCCUGGAGGUGGGCCCAUGAAAGACUGCGGAUACAGUGAAAUUAACACUCGUGGAAGCUCACCCAUGGAAUCUUCUCAUAAAAAGAACAAAACUGCUGUAAAGCGAAAAUGGGAGGUUUUCCCAGGCAAGAACAAGUUCUACUGCAAUGGCAGGGUUAUGAUGGCCAGACAAACUGGAGUCUUCUACCUCACUCUUAUCCUAAUUCUGGUCACAAGUGGACUCUUCUUUGCCUUUGAUUGUCCAUAUUUGGCUGUGAAGAUUACGCCUGCGAUUCCUGUAAUAGGUGGAAUUCUUGUAUUUUUUGUAAUGGGGACUUUAUUGAGGACCAGCUUUAGUGACCCAGGCGUUCUUCCUCGUGCCACUCCAGAUGAGGCUGCAGAUUUGGAAAGACAAAUAGAUGUUGCAAAUGGGUCAACUUCAGGCGGUUAUCGACCUCCUCCCCGAACAAAAGAAAUAGUCAUCAAUGGACAAACAGUAAAACUGAAAUAUUGUUUUACCUGCAAAAUUUUCCGCCCGCCUCGUGCCUCACACUGCAGCCUGUGUGAUAACUGUGUUGAGCGCUUUGAUCACCACUGUCCUUGGGUGGGAAACUGCGUGGGGAAAAGAAACUACAGAUUUUUUUACAUGUUCAUUUUAUCCCUGUCCUUUCUGACAGUGUUUAUAUUUGCAUUCGUAAUAACACACGUCAUUCUUCGAUCUCAACAAACGGGAUUUCUCAAUGCCUUAAAGGACAGUCCUGCAAGUGUUUUGGAAGCGGUGGUUUGCUUCUUCUCAGUUUGGUCGAUUGUUGGCCUGUCUGGUUUCCAUACAUACUUGAUCAGCUCUAAUCAAACUACUAAUGAAGAUAUUAAAGGUUCCUGGUCAAGUAAAAGAGGAAAGGAAAACUAUAAUCCAUAUAGCAAUGGCAAUAUUUUCACAAACUGCUGUACUGCGCUUUGUGGACCAAUAAAUCCAAGCUUAAUUGAUCGCAGAGGAAUUAUACAAGCUGAUAUGGCACAGUCAGUCGCACCAUCCAAUGGAUUGACUAUGUAUGGUUCUACUCAGUCACAGAGCAGUAUGUGUGACCAAGACCAGUGCAUUCAGAGCACCAAAUUCGUUUUGCAGGCUGCAGCCACACCACUCCUGCAAGCUGAACCUACGAUACCUGCUGAUGAACCACCUUUGCCAGGAAAAACCACCAUAACCGCCCCAUGCGCCACUAUGGCACUUGGCCAGCCAACACCACCAUCUUCAAUCCCAAACCUUAACUCAGAAACUGUUUUGACAGAUAUGAUACCCUUAAAAGAGGACAUUGGAAAUCAUCAGUUCUUAACGCCAGAUGAAGCACCUUCACCCUCGGGAAUGCUGCCAGCAAACAGCGCUGUAACUCAUAGCCAUACCAUGCAUGUCCUCAACCUCGUCAGCCAAGACUCUUUGCAUGAAGACUCUGUGCGUGGUCUUGUAAAACUCAGCUCUGUUUGACCUACUGUGAUGAAUGCUCAAGUUAUAUUGCACAUCUGUCAAACCCUGUGAUAAGCUUGCACUGUGUCAUGAUUACAAAUGCCCCUUGUACAGUAAUACGAAUUUCAUUUUGACAAAAUAGAAAAAUGCGAGGGCAUGGACUCUGAUCGCCUAUUUGAAUAAGCUGGUUUUGUUUUCUUAUAUAUCAUUUUUUUUAUUACAACUGAUUGCCUCAUUCAAGGAAUUGUGUAUUUCAGUAAGUCUUCAAAGCUGAAUUUGGGAACGUGGCUUAUAUGAUCUGUGAACUAACUAGAAAUGUGAAAACAUGGCAGAAUAUACCUUUAUUUUGGAUAUGGCGUUUUCUAAUGAGCCUUUAUUGAGCCGUGCACCCUCCAAACUUGCCUGACCACUAAAACAGAUAGGAAUGAAAAGUCUGGACUUUAGUUUCCUUUGGCCACCAAGCUAUGGAUUUGUGUUUGGUGUAACGUGCUAGCCCUGAAAUGUGGGAACCUACAUUGUUCUGGAAAGCAAAAUAUACACUUUGACAUGGCCAAAUUGUGCUCUUCCCUUAAGGACGUUGUGCUACAGUUUUAUGUUGGUAUAUGGGAAUAUAUGCUGCUUUCCUAAAUAAUAAUUUGGGAUGUUGGUGUUUGGUUCAACAGUGGAUGCCAGGAAAAUGCAUAUGUUUUUGUUCACAUUUCAGCAUUAUUUUCCUGAUUUUGGUCAAGUUUGCCCAAAUUAUAAAGGGCUGAUGUUGCUGAAUGACAAUGCAUUGCAUUCAAUCACUUGUACAAAUGUUUAGAUAUGGUAUAGUUUAAUGCCAUGACACUUUUUCUCUCCAAAUGUG